AUGAUAGAUGUUCUUUCUAAAGAGAAGGUGUAUAUUGGGAAACUGAACAUGAUUCUUGUUCAGAUUCUGAAACAGGAAUGGCCAAAGCACUGGCCAACUUUUAUAAGCGAUAUUGUAGGAGCAAGCAGGACUAGUGAAAGCCUUUGUCAGAACAACAUGGUGAUCCUUAAACUAUUGAGUGAAGAAGUGUUUGAUUUUUCCAGUGGCCAGAUAACUCAAGUGAAAGCAAAGCAUUUGAAAGACAGUAUGUGCAAUGAGUUCUCUCAGAUAUUUCAACUGUGUCAGUUUGUGAUGGAAAACUCCCAAAAUGCUCCUUUAGUUCAUGCAACCUUGGAAACUUUGCUACGAUUUCUGAACUGGAUUCCUCUGGGAUAUAUAUUUGAGACUAAGUUAAUCAGCACACUAAUAUACAAGUUCUUAAAUGUUCCCAUGUUUCGGAACGUCUCCUUAAAGUGCCUCACAGAGAUUGCGGGUGUCAGCGUAAGCCAGUACGAAGAACAAUUUGUAACCCUUUUUACCUUGACCAUGAUGCAGUUAAAACAGGUUGCUGAUAGCUGUGUUGCUGGUGCCUCCAUGAAACAGCAGCGGAGGCUCUUAAGAUCUUCUGCUCUACCUGCCUUUCUGGAUUAGAAGAGGACAUUCCCAAACUGACAACCAUCUGAGGAGGUAGUCUUCAUAAUGAGCUAAUUGUUUAUCUGAAAUGUAUACUUCUGAAGGAAAUUAUUUUGUAUUAUAACUAAAAGGCCAAGUAAUACAAAGUAAUUUCAGAUGUGGAGGAAGAUUUUCAAUUAAAGAUAAAAUUCAGAACUCAAAAUUCGAAUCAUUUAACUUUGAGGGAAGUUGUAUUUUUUUCUACAGUCUGAUAUAUUCUAGUGUGGGCACCAUUUAAUAUUCUUUGUUAAAUGAAAAUAAUUAACAGCCUGGAUUAACGGCAUAAAGAUUAGGCUACUGAUGUAUAACUAUAUUAGGUAUUAAUUAUAUAUUAAAUGAUGUUGACAAGAUUAAGUGCUGUCAGCUGCAGGAGCUCUAUUGUCGACAACAGGAACUCAGCUGGUCUGUGCAAUGCUUGCUUAAGCACAUAGGAGGAACUCCACUGUCGACAGCAGAAACUCAGCUGGAUGGAACCAAGUCUGUGGUCACUGAUUCAGCAUUCCAUGCCAAAGGUGAAAAGUACACCACAGGAGCCUUCGUGAGGAAGACUCAAAAAAAAAAAAACAA